GCUAACAGCGUAGCACCGCUCGCUGCUCCGGGGGCAGUCCGCUUCUCCUCGUUCGGCUCACCGGGGCUCCGUCUCAGUGUCUCCCGGGCGGCUUCAGCGUGUGACAGACGAACGCCCGCAUCAGGCGCGUUCCCCCGCCAACCCCCCGGGAUGUCUUUCCUGGACAAGCCGGUCCCUGGCAGGCUUUUGCUGGACGACACCGUCCCCCUGACGGCGGUGAUCGAAGCCAGCCAGAACCUGCAAUCCCACACGGAAUACAUCAUCAGAGUCCAGAGGGGCGUGUCUUCAGACAACAGCUGGCAGGUGAUCCGUCGAUACAGUGACUUUGAUGUUCUCAACAGCAGCCUGAUGGUGUGCGGCAUCAGUCUCCCUCUCCCUCCGAAGAAACUCAUCGGAAACAUGGACAGAGAGUUCAUAGCAGAGAGGCAGAAAGGGCUCCAGGCGUAUCUGGACACCAUUACCCAGCACCCUUUGCUUUCCAGCUCCCUGACCGUCAAGAAGUUCCUGGACCCCAACAACUACUCCGCCAAUUACACAGAGAUCGCCCUGCAGCAGGUCUCCAUGUUCUUCAGGUCAGACCCAAAGUGGGAGGUCCUGGAGCCUCUGCGAGAUAUGGGCUGGAGGAUCAGGAAGAAGUACUUUCUGAUUAAAAACAAGGAGCAGCCUAAGGAGCGGUACCUGCUGAGCUGGGUGGACCUGGGACCUGAUAAGUUCCUGACAGACAAAGAUCUGCAGUCAGCCAUGAAGCUGCUCACCGGCCUCUCUACGCCGUACCUCUGUCCACUGUUGUUCUCCAGCACCAGCGAAUCCUCAGCUCUGCUCAUCCGGCCGUUCAGCGAGAGGGGCUCACUGAGAGACCACAUCUGUAAGGUGAAACCCCGAGAGAGCUACCUGAAGAAAUACUGCAACCCGAAGAAGAGUCAAGGCCUCGAACUGGAACACAUCAAACUCUAUGGUCGACAGAUCCUGGAGGGCCUGAAGCUCCUCCAUGAUAGCGGUAUGUUUUUCGGCCACCUGCACACGUCGAACGUCAUCGUGGACGACGGCGUGUGUCGACUGACGGACGUGGAGAACGGCAUGCUGGGAGUUCCGUCAGCACUGCGGCCCUCAUUCACUCAGCUCAGAAAGAUCAACACCACAGAGAGCAUCGACGUCUUCUGCUUUGGACAUUUACUGUACGAGAUGACGUACGGCCGGCCACCAGACAGCGUGCCGGUCGAUCACUUCCCUGCCGUCCCGUACUCCGCCGUGGUGUCGGUGCUGCAGUCCAUCCUGUCCACAGAGGCCUGUAAGGGCGGGAUGCCGGCAGUGUCAGCGCUCAUCCGGACACCGCUCUUCAGUGACGUCCAGCUCCAGCACUCAGAAAAAGUCCACAUCAAGGUUCCCAGCAGGCUGAAGGAGGCCCUGAAGGCAGCGAAGGAGAGUUUGGAGAAACGUCUCCAGGAGGAACAGAGACUGCUCCACCAGCACAGGAGGCUGACCAGAGCUCAGUCUCACCACGGCUCGGAGGAGGAGAGGAAGAGGAGGAAGAUCCUGGCGAGGAAGAAGUCCAGACAGUCGACGUAUGAAAACGAAGAAGACGUCUCAGUUAGAAACAACAAUAACUCCGGUUCUGGAGCCAGUUCCCCUCCGACAUGUCCCUCCUCCCCCACACCUCCGUCCACCACAGAGCAUGCUCCAUUCUGACCGUGUUGUUGGGUAAAGUAAAAUGAUUUAUAAUGAUGAUGAUGAUGAUGAAGGUCUCCUAUGGUUUUAAAAGCUGUCGUGCACCCUGGUCUCCAGGCAAGCUGCUCGGUACAAACACAACCUCAUGUUUAUGAACCCGAGUAUCCCGUUUCUGUGGGACAGGUCUUAAUGGAGCGGCAGCGCAGUGACACUUAAAGCUUUAAAUAAAUUAAACUGAACUAAAUGGUGGCAAGAAUCCAAAAGCUCCCCUUCAAACACUUCCUCACUUCACAUGAGCCUCCAUUAUUCCAUUAUUUCAUUAAUCUAUGACCAGUGAUCGGGGGCUGAACAGCACCGAUGGAAACCAAACCGACGGUGUUCUGAGCUUCAUACUGGGAUUAACAUGCAGCACAGAGAGAUUACAUGACUCAGCAUCUUCUCCUGGGAGCUUCCUGACCGAUCUCACACUUCUGGAUCGUCCAGCUUCCUGCUGGUGAGGACACUGCAGUGUAAGCAGAAAGAUUCUCAGAAGUGUGUAUAAAUCACAGUCAGUUAGAAAUUACGAUGAAUGUAUGAAUGACUCAUGAGAAACAUGUGAGAUCAGAUGUAUCUUCUAUUUUUUUAACCAGAUAUUAAAAAUAUCACAUUUUCUUUAAAGUGUUUGAAGUCAAAAAGUUGACUUUUAUAAGCAAACACCCAACAAAGUAAUUUUUAUUAUAUUUUUGUAAAUAACAGAUUGUAUUGCAGGCAAAUUGUUUAAAAUGUGAAACUGAAUUCACCCCAUUUAGAUUUAAAGGGAUCAAAAUGUUGAAAUAUGUGAGAUUUUGGUCAGCUUAACACCACUUGAUUUCAUCUUUAGCAUGUUGAGAUGCAUCUUUAUACCAACUUUGAAGUUUUUAAGAAUCGAGGUAUUCUUCAUCGACCCUUAAGUAAUCUUCAAAUCUUGGAUGAAACACACACAAUCACUGAUAUGAUGCAUGCUCUUCAAGGAAACUGCUGGACAAUGGGUUGAACUUUGUCUGGGAUCUUCUGGGUUCAUGCUGCUGUCGGAGGCUUGAUGAGACCUGAGGUGGUUCAUUAUAUCUCUAUUAAAGCUUUGCAGCUGGCGUGUAAACGGGGUGCACACACAGCUCUUUAAAAACCUUCACAAUCUGCAAUGAUCUCUGAACGUCAGCGCCUGGUUUCAAAGCCGCUGUUUUCAUUGGAGAUUGUGAUCCAGAGUCUGCCUGGUCGGCCUGUCCCUGCAUGUCCGUCCGUCCGUCCCUGUCCUGUGUGUCUUGUCUGCUGGUGUUUCUUUAUUGGGGUCAGGGUCUCUCAGUGGAGAUGUGUCAGGUUAUUGAGAAGUUAGGUUUCAUUUGAACUUUGCUUUGCUGUUGGCGCUUAAAUGUUCAUUUAUUUUGCGCUCAGAGCUUUUUCCGUUCUUGUCACAUAAAGCUGCUCAGCAGUUGACCAAAUUCUUCAAUGGUGUAUUUUGAAGGAUUGUCAUCUUUUGGUUUCAUCUAAUAUUCAGAUAAUUCAGAUUCAGAUAAUCAUGCAUCUGUCGAUUUAAGAAGAGACAUCUUUGAUUUUCAGCCCGUCACCCACAGAGCAGUCUGCUGAGGUGGGAGGAAAUAUCUUUCUCUGCUGUUUCCUCGUCUGCUUAUUCUCCAUGGAGGCAUAAAAUACCUUUGGAUGAUAGAAAAACUUGUCUCAUUUUUCCACAACACGAAAAUCCUAAUUCUAAACUUCAAAUGGAUUUUUCAGUCCUUUCAUUUUCCAGUUGUUACUUGUACACAGCUUCACAGGAUGUUGCAAACUUCUGAUUAUGGCGACAUCAGUGUGCACAGUAUAUGACUGAAUUGUAUUUCCAUGCUCUGUGCAUCUCAAUGUACUUGGACCCUGAUGACACUAAAUGCCCCAAAACACCUUUAUUUGUUACAUGACCUAUAAAAGUGUCUGUCCUCAGCUGCACCUCUCAGUCUGCAGGAUUCACACCAGGGUGACAAGAUCCGUCUGUAUCUCGGGUUUUGUCUGCCCUCAUUCUGUACUGGCAGGCUGUGUUCCUUUGGUUAGGACCCGGCCUGACAAGAGUGAGCCUGCGGGUUCAUACUGAAACAAUUAAAGCCUCGCUGCAGACCAGUCUGUGUCACGAUGGAAGAACAAAUUCCACGUGUAAGAAUCCAGCUGGCUGAGUGGCUGUGGGGGAAGUGAAGACGGAUUCACAUUCAGGCCCCGUCUGCACACACACAUUGAAAAAUAUACAUGCAAACCUUGAUAUGUAAAUACAAUUCUAAUUAAUUCUAGACUCACACAAACUUGCUGAUAUGUUUAAUGGAUCCAGUGCUCGGACAGAUGAGCCAAACGCUCGGCUUUUCACCUUUUUCUCAGGUUCAUUCAGUUGCUUCAUAGAAAUUAUUUGAUAAACUCUGUCGGCGAAGAUGUGAAAGUGGGUUUAUAUUGGGUAUCAGUAUGCAGCCACAGAUCACCGAGGUCUUCCUGGAAGAAUAACUGUGGUCGUUAUCCGAAGAAUUAUCUGAAUAUUUCAUGAAAAAUCCCUGAGAGGUCGAUGUGACUGUGAAAUGUAAUGAAAGUCCGGUCGUCCCACAGCCGUCCUGGAGAAAACCUGCCGACGUUGAGUCAAAUCUGCUCCCUUUAAAUUAUUAAACCUUCCAUUUUUCAUGUUUUUUAACGAGUUCACCACGGCUAGGAGACAAAGCUUUUCCACUCAACCAAUGAAAUAACAGCUUUUUUUUUUUUUUUUUUUUUUUUUUUUCUUAUACGAGUGACUUUCUCCAGUUCGGCAUGCCUCCCGUCAGCCUGAAGGGUGAACUUUCAUUACAGGACAGAUAAUUGACCGUGCAGUCCCACCACGGGGGGAAUCGGCCGACUGCCGCCACACCUGUCGGCCUCUGCUCCCCCCUCCCCCACACGCUGGCGUUCCCCCGGUGUUUCGCUUCCUUGCCUGUAACAUCUGGGCUUCACCCAGUUUGGGGGAUGCAAAAAUUGCCGCACAGCUGCAAACUUUGUAACAGGUUCACACUCAAUUCACCUUCAGUUCACGCUGUGGGAGUCACUGCGAGGGCUUCACUGCCAGGCACGACACGGCUCCAGAUUUAGUGUUUUAUUUCCAACGGAUGUGAAAUUUGAGGAAUUUUAUCCAAAAAUUCUUCACCUCUGAUUGCAUUCAAAGAAAUAUCCUCUUAGGCUUGUGGGUAACAGUAUUAACAGUGUUUAUUACAGACAUCAUUCAUACUAACAGAGAGGAGCAGGAAAAAAAAACAUGUCACAUAUUUCACCCAUUCACUUUACUCUCCUGAAGUACAUGUUAGCUUUAAUUCUUGCUCUUUUAGCUUUUAAAGUCAUCAAGUUCACCACACAGUUUAUAUUAGACCCAAACAUUGUUUCAGAGUAAGUGCUGCUGAAUUUCUACAUUUAUUGCAACUUUACACCUGUUGCAGCACGCUGUGUCUGCACCGAUGCCUUCCUGCUCUCUGCUAAAGCAGUGGAAUAGUUUAAACUCUUCGUUCAGUCUUCCUGGAGGGUCUGUAACGUCACAAAGCGAGACUGCGGUGAACUGAUGGUGGAUUGAGUUCAACUUGACCAAACUGAUCUGCAGGUGUUGCUUUCACAAAGAAACUCUCAAAACAGAGUCAAUUUUUUUAAUACAACUUAUAGUGAUGUUUUGCAUUCAGUUGCAUUUUCUAAAGAGUUCAUAGGUAAAUUGUAAUACGUAAUUCAAAUACUGUCAGAUUCAGUUUGAUUGGCAUGCGUUGUUAAUUAUAAUGACUUUUAUUAUAACCUUUACAAAGUCAUUCUGCUUCACAGAGAAGUUUCAUUAACGUUUUCCUUCAUCUUAGUGUUAGCUUAUUUCAUACACUGUAGCAACAUGUCGAUGUUCACUAAUUCACUGAACAAAGCUUGUUAAAAUUGAAAAUAAUGCUACUUUUAUGGUUUUGAUGCACAGUAUUCGAAUCAGUGCAAUUGAUUAAUUUGUGUAAAGUUAUAUCCACAACACUUACAACCAUUUAGUGCUCUAAAACUCAGACAACACAAUUUUUCUUUCACUUUCAAGCAAAAAUUAGGGUUUUGUUAACAGCUUAUAUCUAAUCUACAAAUUGUUACUAAAAGAUGAAAUGAUCUGGAUUUGUUUAUCCUAAAAUGUGAAACAGUUGCACACUUUCUUUCUUCAGAUAUCAAAUGCAAAGUGAUUACAUUUCGGAUCAUAGUUGUUUAUGAGUGAAAUUCUUCGUAAUGCAGACGGGAAGAAAAGAAUAAAGCAAACAGAAUAUAGUUUCUGAUCUAUACAAGCAAAUGUUACUUCGUGGUAUAAAAUUAGAAAAAAGCUCAAUGCUAUUUUUGUAUUCUAAUCAUAACAUCAGCCCUGUUUUUGUUGUUCUACCUUCCCAAUAUUUUUUACUUCUUCCAACAGAUUACUUUGUUUUCAAGACUCUGUUUUUAAUCUCCUGAUUUAAACUUUUUUGACCUGUUUGAGAGAAAAAACCAGCAGUUUUUAUCUUUGUGCGAUCGACUCCUGCAGUGAGCGACUGUCACCACGAGCUGCUGCUGUUCGUCACUCACGCCUUCUCUGUUUUCACACACCCAGGAGCCCACGCCGCUCCUCCUCCACCUCCCCCUCCUCCUCCUCCUCCGCCCCCACCGCCUCCUGGUACGCUGAACU